UGCAUAACGUGUGUACACUCAUACACACCUCAGCCACAUUCACUGUCAACUCACCACACCUACCCUUCUCUCUGUUCCAGUCUAAGCUGUUCAGUCAUGUCACCUGUCAAGAUGAGCAGAACAAACACAGUCUGAGCUACACAAGGCAGACUCCUGGCAAAGAAACAACGCAAGGAUAGAUCAGAAAUCAGCAGUGAUAUUGAGCAGCCUAGUCAACAUGGGGUCUAUGCAGAGCAAGGAUAAGUGGCACUGUACCAGAUACAUUAAUGGACAGGGACCACCAUCCCUUAAAGACCAAGCUGAACAAGGCCUGAAUAAGAGUUCUGAGAGGACUCAGCCAGCUGGACAAAUGACAUGGGUCAUCUUACACAGGGACCUCCCCGGUUACCCUGAGGAUAACACCAUACAAAUCAACUAUGUGAUCAGAGAUGGAAUCCAGUCGGAUAAGGAUCCCAACCCAGGUCAGACAUUUACAGGUGUCAGGAUAUUGGCCUAUCUACCUGACAACAAAGAGGGGAGAAAGGUGCUUAGAUUGCUGGACAAAGCCUUUAACCAGAAACUGGUCUUCAAAGUGGUGACUAAUGAAAUUGGAGAAGAUAAGGCCACUUUGGCAGAUAUCCCCCAUAAAACUCAACCGGAUGGAGGAAGCAAGAGUGACAGCUAUCCAGAUCCUGACUACCUAAAAACAACCAGGAGGAUACUGAAAGAAAAAGGCAUAGAGUGAGAAGAGAAGAAAAAGAAGAGAAGACACAAAUACAGUUAGGCACAGCCAGGCAAGAAAGAAAUACAACCAAAAACAAAACAUGCAGACAGAAACCAAACACAGACAUACAUUGUCUUAGGUGCUAAAUUGUUAGUUUCCGGUAAAGCUAUAGAAGCUAGUGAACACUUCAGUAGACUUAUUAAUCAAUAUGUUAUAUAAGUAUUUUUGGGGAAUUAAUGUUUGUAUUUUCAAAGUGUGGUGUGUGCUUGAACAUUAUGUUUAACAAGUAUUAACCACAUGUUGCACGUAUAGUACUGUGUUUUCUGCUGUGCCAAUCUACUCAUACUUUACUGCAAUGUAUAAAUAAUGUAAAUUAGAUGAAAUAGCUGGACACACGAGUCUUCAAAUAAUAUAAAUCAGCAAUAUCCCGAUAAGCAACAUUAUCAAUGUCAGAGAAUCUAAUUGAUGUGAGAAUUCUCUUUCACUAAAACGUACAAAAACGGUUGAUUUUUUUUCGUAGUUUGUCCACUCCCUCUUGUGGUCCAUAGAGGAAAUAUGGAAUAUAUUUUCUUGGGGAGGAUUUUUUGAGUUGUGAAAUGUAAGUGUAAGAAGAUAGGAGGGGUGUUGAUGACCCAGACCACAUCAAUCUUCAGCCUCUCCAGACCUCUUUUAAUGAAGCAGGCCUGUAUCAGCCUUUCCUCUAAAAAGGGGUUCAGGUCUAAUUGUCCCCUGAAUUAAUAAGCUUAAUGAAAUGGCCUCCUUAGCUCAUUUAUCAGCUGCUAAUGAAGGAAAUGCACACCGUUUAGUGGAAAGAGAGAAAUUAAGUGUAAGAAUUGUAGAGAGAUUAGAGAGAAAUGGGAAGAAAGGAGGGUGAGGAAAUGAUCGAGAAAUUGAAGGAGAGAUUGAAGUCUCCUAAAGAGAAAGGAAUCAAGAAUGCUGCUGAGAAAAUGUUCCUUGUGCCCAAUAGCGCUUGAAGGCUUAGCCCCAACUGGUGCUUAUUAUAUGUCAAUGAUUCAUGGUCAUACUUUUUAGCCUUUACUGAUUGAUUGGGGACAAAAAUAGUGUCAGAUCAAUAUAACAUUGCUAAUUCAGGGUCAGGACACCAAAAGCAAGCUUGUGUAGAUGAAAACAAAUAGUUUUUGUCCUCAGAAAUAUCACAUAAUAAAGACAAAGUUGAGUCUAUCUCCAGAAAUGGGCCACUAAAUGUGCAAUUAUGAAUCUGAGUUUUUUAAAGAAUGCUGAGUUUAUCUAUGAAAGGGAUUUCCACAGUCAGUGGGUUCUUAUACCUAAGUGUGUGGUAACAAAUGCCAAUAUCAUAUAUGUGUUAUUUGUAUGUUUGUGUUGAAGUGUUUGGUUUUAAAAGUACAUUUGUCAUGUGUAUGUCUGUGAGACAGAUUUGAUAGUCGUCUUUCUGGCUGUGGCAUUGUGCCUUGACAGUUGGAACAAAUGAGUGUUCGCCGACCGUCCAGGAGAAAGUGGUUUUAGAGCACCCCUGGAUAACAGAGGCCUCCCUAAUGGGAGCCACCAAUGCGAUUAAACGUUAUUGUGUGUAUCAAGCCCCAGCUGUAAUUCAGUUUGAAGAGAACAGAAGGACUGUCAUCACCCUGGGAAAGUUCACACUCGGCAAUCUGGACCCAUAUCAGGGCAGCAGGAAGGUAAAGGCACAAAAACAAAUAAGAACAAUAACUGUCUCAUUAUCUCAGGGAGAAAAGGGACAUGGUCCAGGCAAGUGUUGUGCAGGUUGGGAAACUGAGUAUCAUUUGUGUUGCUCUGGUACUCAUAGUACUAAAAUAGCUAAAUAUAUUUUUAUAUUUUAUAUUUUUUUUAUUAUUAUUUAUUCGACUCUUGCAAAGUAGUACCCUGCAUAAACUUGGCAGAUGAACUCUUUCCAGAAACGCAUGCUAUGUUAAACACUUUAAUCAUCCCACUUAUCAUUAUGAACAUUGGCUAACGUCAAUGUUAGAUAAUAUCCAGCGAUGUUGAAGUUGUUUGGGAUGUAAAGUCGAAAUUACCUCAUCAUUACCUAGACACAGUAGACUACAUACCUUCACCGACACUCGUGAAGCAUCACGAGACUGAACUGUGAGCAUGAAAUUUUAUCACUUAGUACUAUUUUCAUAAUCAAGCCUGGGGUGUUUUCCAGAAAGCAAAUUUAACAUUUAUCAACUUGGAAUAUGUCCAAGCCAGGGGCGGUUACACACGGGGGCCUACAGGGGCCAGUGCCCCAGUAAACAUUUCCCUGGCCCCCCCUGUGGCUCCCCUGAGCUGACUUUUUUUGUACACGUUUUUCUUCUUCUAGUAGUCAUCAUGAAACGAGGAAGGGACAUUGCAGCCUUUUUAGCCCCAGUAAAAAUAAAAGUUUGAAAAACAUAUCAAGGUAUUGAUAGAGCUGAGGAACUGGAAGAGGGAGUGCCAGAGCCAUUUGUAUGAUUUUAAUGUAAAGCAAAAUUAAAGUAUUUAAUGUUUAAAUAUAA